GAGAGAACACGAGCCCAGAGACAAGCUGAGCCUCCCUGGGAGAGUGGUGCCAGACAGCUGCUGUCACCAGGCACCUAACAAGAAGGAAAAAGGCUUCAUACGCCCCACCUCACCAAGGUCAGACUACAUCUGUAUCCCAGCAGCACCUUGUCCAUGCCCCUGGGGCCCUAAGCUGCCAGUCCCGCCGGCUCCCAUGUCCAGAAUGGCCUGCGCUGAGGUCCCACAGCAGCCAGCCCCACAUCAGCCCCAGCCCAUCUCCGCGGGAGCCACCACCACCAACACCAAGGGCCCUGCUGAGAGUCACUGCGGCUUCUCGGAGCACGACCUGGAGUGCCUGGUGUGCCGGGAGCCCUACAGCUCUGCCCGACCGCCCAAGCUGCUGGGCUGCCAGCACUCCUUCUGCGCCGUCUGCCUGAAGCUCCUGCUGUGCGUGCAGGACAACACCUGGUUCAUCCACUGCCCGGUAUGCCGCAAGGCCACCGCCGUCCCCGGGGGCCUCAUCUGCAGCCUGCGUGACCAGGAGGCCGUGGUGGGGCAGCUAGCCCAGCCGUGCCCAGAGAUGCGGCUCUGUCCUCAGGAGCUGGCGAAUCCUGUCACCUUGACGGCAGGGAUCCCCAGCUUGGCAGGAGAGGAUGGGCAGGACGUGGCGAGUGUCAACCGCAUGGCAGCGCGGCGCCUGGUGGCACACGUGCUCCUACUGGCCUUGCUCAUCGUCCUCAUCCUGCCCUUCAUCUACCCCGGCGUCACGCAGUGGGCGCUCACCUUCAUCGUCUCCCUGGCCCUGCUGAUGUCCACCCUCUUCUGCUGUCACCCCAGCAGCCAGGGCAGCUGCCGGCCCUCCCCCAGGACUCUCUUCAGCAGCGAGCAGAAGCACAGCGAGAUUUCUUCCAUUGCCUGACCACGCGCCCACGGCACCUUCUGCCUCUGCGUCCCACAGUGGACAGGGUAAGGGGCUGUGAAGUAAGACUGGCUCCCGCAGGAGGAGAAGUGCCAGUCAGACCUGCAAGCUAAAGCCAGAAUGGCUGUCUUGGGUCUAGAACUGCGUGCUCGGGCGAUAGACUCAUGCCUGCCCCAGGGACGGCACAGCGGCACCGUUUGGGGUGGCGAGGAGGCACAGCGGACUUGCAUACUGCCAGGGAGGACCCCCUGUUCCUCUCCUCCCGAAGCUCCGGGUUGUCCGUUCGAUGCCUUGAUGAAAGUGUUUCAAUAGUAAUGUUACUGAAAAGUAAAUAGAGCCGGAAACUCCUCUUUGUGUAUUUCCAAUUUAUGUAGCCGGUUUUAUUGUAUUGCUUGGUUUGGGAUUGGGUUUUUGUGUUUGGCAGAGUUUGUUCAUAUUUCUGGCUGCUACAUGUUUUCCCUCCUGAGAAGGCAGAGCCCCUGGGAAGCCCUCCCGUGCUCCGCAACCUUCCCCCCCACCCCCCGCCAAUGCUGCCCAUCUCGUGCCCACCCCACCUUGCCAACGGUCCUGGCCAUUUGUUUCCUCCCCUGAGUUGUCCCACCCUCCUUUUCCCUAAGAAUGGAGAGAGAGGGAGAACCUGUGUGAGGAAGAGGUGCUUCUGAUGGCGCUGGGUAAGUCCCACGUUUAGUUGACAGAGCUGGGGAGGGUGGCAGGGAUGCAGGUGAGUCUUGGACUAUCCCCCACCAUCCCCACCAGGAUUUCCCGGCUCCGUGUCAUCCGGCGCUGACUUAACAGAGAAUCUCGGAGUCACGAGGGCUUCCCCCAGCGUGGCCCAGCUGCCCACCUGGUGCACAGUCCCACACCCCAGAGCCAAAUCUUUUGGGUGCUUCUUUAUUAUUGCAUCUCGAGUCUCCUUUGAGCUUUUGUCAUAAAGAUAAGAAGCCUCGUAAAUGCAACAGUCGUCUCCAAUAACCCCACAUUUCCCGCCUCACCCUGAGAGUCACGGUCAUCAGAGAGGCUUUCGUGUCUUUUCUCGGUCAUUUCUGCUCUGUAACCUAGAGGAGGCUCCUGCUGGAGGGAAUGACUGUCCAUGCUCAUCCAGGUCACGCCUCAGCCAGGGGGGCCCGUGGGGUGCAGGGCA